GAGCGGUUAAGGAGAUGGAUUUGAAAUCCAUUGGGUGUUCUACCCGCGCAGGUUCGAAUCCUGUCCGCAGCGAAUUAAUUUUUUUAACGUCAAAAGUUCAAUCUGUUUUAUUCCACAAUUCAUCCACUGAUACACAUAGAAUAUCAUUUGUACUUCCACAACUUAUAAUAUUCCUUUGUUCAGAAUUCUCAAUAACAUAGAAAAAAGGAUCCAGAGAAACACCUCAAAUAAAGAUGUAAACGCGACAUCUAUUUAAUUUGUAAUAUUUUGUUCCAUGAACUAUAAGAUAGCAUGACGUUAAAGUGCAUUUAAGAUUGCUUCAUUAAAAUGAACGCAAUAAACACUUGCAAGAAGACAAAAUUGAUACCACGUGUACAUUGUGUUUUUCCGUGAUAUAAAAUAAUAUGUAAUUAGGAAAGGUUGUUAAAAAUAAUCUGUUAACGAUUCUCAUAUUAUAUCAAUUACUCGUGUGUAUACAUAUAUACGAUAUGUCUGCGGUGUAUUUAUGUCAGACAUCUUUCCGUAACUUAAGAGGAAAACAAGAUGUAAAUGCGUACGCAUGCAUAUAACGUGUAUCGAUAUAUCGGAUGAAGUAUGACGCAUCGCAUGAUCUACGGUCGCAAAUGGAUCAUUUUACCAGAUCAAACAUCUGUCAGUGGUUAAAUUUAUAUUUGUAUCUAUAUUUUCAUUAAUCUCAAGUAUAAAUCGUUCUGGCAGUAACAAUAAAACUAUAUUAAAAUAUUCGUAUCGAUAUUUAGGUUAUACUGAGGUUAGUAAAACGUUCAGUUUACGAAACUUCCAACUACUGAACUCAACGAAGUAUCGUUAAAUUAGUUCGAAACUUAUCAAUUGCGACAAGUUAUGAAAGCAUGUAAAACGCAAAUCAAGGUAUAUGUGGUCGGUUCUGAGUAAAUUAUGGGAAAGGUGCGCACGCAUCCGAGUCAGCCUGGGAGGACUGAUGAAAAUACUACUAUUCCUUAACGAGCCCUCGAAGCGACGGAAGCUUCUUUGAUUAUUGAAACGACGCAUACAGUUCUGGUUUUGUUCUCUUUCGUCAAUAUUGAUAUCCUUUGUGCUUGAUUUUUUUCUUGUUGAAGGUAUUAAACAGUGAGUGAUAACAAUGGUGUCUGGUGGAAUGACAUGCGUCAAAUAUUUGACGUUUUUCUUCAACUUGAUAUUCGCUAUAACAGGAAUUGUGUUCAUUGCAGUUGGCACUGUAAUUCUUGUAGUUUAUAGUGGUUAUAGCAACUUUAUGGACACUUGGUUCUUUGCAGCACCAGUUUUCAUGAUCAUUAUAGGUGCUGUAGUGUUUCUUGUGUCAUUCUUUGGCUGCUGCGGAGCUGUGAAAGAGAAUCACUGCAUGAUAAUAACGGUAAAAAUAAUUGGAGUAAUCUUUGCAUGCUGUCUGGCACGUUCAAUUCGUCGCGAGUAUGAAACUGUCGAGACCGCAGCGCACUGAUCUGACACCAAUUAGGAGGUAUUAUAACUCUAAGUAUUGUUCGUCGUGAAUUCAUUCAAAGAAUAAUUCUAGAGUCGUCGCAAGACCAUUUACUUAGAACUUGGCAGCAGACUGACCAACAUUGAUCUGCGCUCUAGCUUUUAAGAAGAAAGCAAAUUAUUGGAGAAUCUAAUUCAAUUUACUGCCAUUAUCUGCCAAAUGGUUGAAACCAAACUUUUAAUUUUAAAGUUCAUACAAGAAUGUUUGAAAAGGAAAUUGGAUAGAUUUGACUUUGGAUUUCUGUCGCAGUCUAAAAGGCUCUUUCAGUGCCUCAAUCUGUUGGAAGGAAAAUUACUAUAUGCAUUCCUAUUUUAUGGAACAUUUUAUACUCAUAUAAUCAGUUAUAGAUAUAUAACAUAUAUUUCUAUCAUGCACAGCAGAAUUGAACAAAUAUAUCAUCUUAGAUAUUUUAAUUUAAAUAAUAAUUGGUUUCGAAUAUACGUAUUAUGUUAAUUAUUAAUACUAACAUUAAGUAAAAAUAUGUUGUUUUAUUAACAAUUGUUACUAGCGUUCUUAUAAUGUAUCCUCUGGUUCUUGCACUUUCACGUUUAAUUUAAGUAUAUUUAGUCUGUUUAUCUUUUACCGAAGUUACAAAUGAUACUGAUCUAAACAUAAAUAAUAUAUAUUUUAUGAUUUAUACGAAUUUAUCUUUAAACAAAGUCAUAAAUAAUAGAAGAAUAAUUCAGACAUUAUAUAAAUUAAAUGCUAAACAGAUUUACGCAAUAUUCUAACAUAUUAGUUAAAUGAUUAAAUAUUUGUUACUACUUAUUUUGUAUUCACAAAUAUCUGGCAUAUUUUCUACCAACUUUACUAAUUGAAAAAUUAGUAAAAAAUAAUAUAUACUUUGCACAUUAAUCAUAAAAAGUUUGUAAAUUCAUUGCACAUAACACGAAAUAUACAAUUUUAUACAUAGUAAUUUUAAGUAUUAGAUAUACUGUGUAAAAUUUCUUAAUCCAGUAUUAUAUAAUCAUAGAAAAUUUGCUUUUCCUUUCGAAAAAUUGUUUAAGAAACAAGUAAAAUUCUAUAGCAAAGGAAAAAUACCAUAUUUAACAGUAUUAAUUAAUGAAUAUAUGCAGAUAUUGGAAAAUAUAGGUAUCUGUUUAGCCAAAUUGUUGUAUUUUGGGACCAAAAUUAUUUAAAUUUUUGCAAAUAAAAAUAUUUUAAAAAAUUAUUGAAUCAUCGGCUGGCACGAAAGAACCAAAAUUUCUCGGCGACAGAUUUUCGUUAUCGUUCAUGCAAAACAGCUUCCAAAAAUAAAAUAAAAUUACGAACUCAUGGCAUUGCGUCGAUUUAAAGAAUUUUAUUAUAAUUGUCGCAAUUGUAAUUGCAAUCUGUUAAUUCUUCUUUUGAAAUCUCGCAUAUUUUAGUAUAUCAAAUUAACUGUGAAAAGUUAAUUUAUUCUGUGAGAAUAUUUUGAAUGUAAAUGAAAUUCUUUAAUGAAAUCAAUGAUUACUCUCUGCCGUUUAUAAUGGUAAUAGGUUUGUAAUCUACACAAGUAAUAUCAUUUUCUUUUUUAUUUUUAAUACUUUAGAAAAUAGUUAAUACGUUUAAUUAAACAGAUCAUCUUAAUGUAUCUGUUUAAACGGUUCAACGGUGUAGAAUAUAUGAUGAAUUACGUAAUCGUUUUGAAAGGAUAAUGCUUAUGCAUUAAAAGAAAAAAAUAAGCGAGGUUUCAAUGAUUUAAAUAUAAUCCGUAAGAAAAAAAAUUGGUAUGAAUAUACUCAAUAGAUAAUACUGAGACUUUCAAGUGUGCCUAAUGUUUAGUGAUGCGUUUGAAUUGUUAAAUAAUCCGUCAACAUUGAUUUAAAUAAUUAAUUGAAGUAAAAUUGAUUUGUUCGAAGCUUGGCACUUAAAAAGUAUGUGCUCCUUUCAACUAUUAAUUUAAUGUUAAAUAUUCCUUUACUGUUCUUUUUUUCUGUCAUCAAUUUGUUUAUAUUUUGGUUACAUGAUUGUUAAAAAAUAAUAUUUUUAACUUAAUAUUUUUAAAUAUGUUGAAGUUCUCUUACAAUAUUUACGCGUUUAAGUGUCUAUCUUUUUUUCAUUCAUUUUUUACCCGUUUGUUUGUUUUUUGUAAUAUUAUACUGUGUUCGUGCAUUCGCUCUCUUUAAUGUUAUACAAUAAUAUUUUAAAUCGUAGUCUUAAGUCAUAUAUAAACUUAUAUAUGUAUAGGAUGUCCGUGUUAAAUUAAUUUCGAUGUAUAUGCAUUUAAUUUUAAACUAUAUUAAAUUUUACACAUUGUUAAAUUAUAGAACUUUUAUAUGCGAUAGCGAAUAUUCUUAUUUAAGAGACAUAUCUGAUCAAUAUUAAU